AUGGAGUAUUUAAAAUUGGGUCACAUGGAACAAGGUGGACAGUAUUACGAUGAUCACGCUAAAGGAUACUACAUACCUCAUUAUGCAGUAUUCAAAAGCAAUAGUAUUACUACAAAGACAAGAGUGGUGUUUGAUGCGUCUGCGACAGAGUCCUCGGGAAAGUCUUUAAAUGACAUACUUAUGAAAAGACCUGUUGUUCAACCAACGUUAUACUCUACCUUAUUACGUUUUCGAAUCCAUCAAAUAGCACUGACAGCGGAUAUAGAAAAAAUGUACAGGCAAAUACUAGUUCAUAGCGACGACUGUCAAUUGCAAAAAAUUGUCUAUCGUUCAAAACCAACUGAUGAACUCCAAGAGUUAAUUCUAAAAACAGUGACCUACGGAACAAAAACCGCUCCGUACUUAGCUACAAGGUGUCUACUGUCUAGUACAGUUGGGGAAAACGUGUAA